UAAGCACAGACUUCCUGACUUUGUUCUUAAAAUACAUUGGCACGACAUCAAAGUAUCAACAUUAAGGUUACGAAGUCUGAUUUAAAUCAGCAUGGCCACGUCUAUCCUCACCCAUGUUUUGGCUGGCCUGUUUGGCAUGGGCUCCUGGGUCACCAUCUGUGGUCUGUGGGUGGAGCUGCCUCUCAUCGUUCCACAGGUACCUGAGGGUUGGUAUCUUCCCUCCUACAUCUCCAUUAUUGUCCAACUGGCCAACAUCGGACCUCUGUUUGUCACGUUAAUGCACCGCUUCCGCCCAGGAACACUCAACGAGACUGCAGUUAUCUAUUUUAUUGUUGGUUUCGGGAUACUGGCAAGCCUUUUACUGGCUUUCUUCUGGAGUGAGACAGUAGUGGUGCAAGGCGUAGAGCGCAGCGUUCCUCUGCUGCUCCUCAUCUUCUUUAUCUCAUUAGUGGACUGCACCUCUUCGGUGACGUUCCUUCCCUUCAUGACACAGCUCAAGGCAGAAUAUCUCAUGACUUAUUAUGUAGGAGAAGGCCUGAGUGGUCUUGUCCCAGCUUUAGUGGCGUUGGUUCAAGGUGUAGGUGUGAUGGAAUGUGUCAAUGCAUCUCAAAUCCUCAGAUCCAAUGAAACACAUCUUAACGGGUCUGAAAGAGACACUACCUAUCUUGUGCCUCACUACCAACCAGCUAACUUUUCAGUUGAAGCCUAUUUUUUCAUCUUGGCGGCUAUGAUGGUGGUUUGUUUGGUGGCGUUCUUACUUUUGAACUACCAUCCAGCUGUGGCCCAAGAGCGUCCCAAUAACAUAAACGGAAAUGAAGAUCCCAUAUCCCACUGGAAAAACAAGAAAUCUGAACAGAAACCAAUGAUGCGUUCUAAAAAGGCUAGUCAGAAACCUAAGAGAACGUUUGGGACGGGGACGCACACAUGGAUACAAGUCAUAUACAUCUACAUUAUGCUAGCAUGGGUGACCGCUCUGACUAAUACCGGUUUGCCGUCAGUGCAGUCGUACUCAUGUUUACCAUAUGGAGACCAGGCCUAUCACUGGUCAGCAACUAUGGCGAAUAUUGCCAAUCCAAUAGCUUGUUUCAUCAGCAUGUUUUACACUCAAAGGUCCUUGUUGUUGAUGGGAGUUCUCACUUCUAUUGGCUCUCUUAUUGGAUUUUACAUUAUGGGCAUGGCUGUGUUGAGUCCAUGUCCACUGCUAGUUAAUGACACCUCUGGAGCCAUCAUUAUUGUGUUGGCUUGGUUCUUUUUCAUCUUCAUCCUAUCUUAUGUAAAAGUGAUUGUUGCUGUCAUCUUGCGAGAUGAGGGCCACGGCGCUCUUGUGUGGUGUGGAGCUGUAGUGCAGUUGGGCUCAAUGUUGGGGGCAGUGACUAUGUUUCCUUUGGUCAAUAUAUAUGACUUUUUCACCUCCGGUGACCCGUGUAACACUUUUUGUCUAUGAGAUAAAUGUUCUGUAAAUAAUAUUAAAAUUAAUU